GAGGGAACUCUGGUCGUGAUUGGUCCGUCGUAACCAGGUGACCGAAGGACACAUUCCGGUAGGCAAGGGCCAGCCGGGCUAGCUACUUUCAGUCGGGCAGGCGGUGGCGGAAGGAGGAGGAGUUCCGGCUGCGCUCUCUCCCUGCAGUGGCUGCGCAUCUCAGCGCUUGUCUGGUUCCCACCCAUUUUAAAUAAGCCGGUCUGGUCACAGCCCUCACAGACUAGUUGGCUCCGGGGAGGCGGCAGCGGCGGGGGUGUGGCCGCCCCUGCCGCCCCUGCCCGGGGCCCGGCGGCUGGGCGGACAGGAGAGCGGCGGGCGAAGUCGCGUCUGCAUGUGCGGCACAGUCCCGGCAUAGCCCGGGGCUGCCAGUGCCCGCCGCGCCAUUGUUGGGGGAGGGGGCGGCUUCUGAGCUCGGCGGAGUCGGGGGACGAGUGGAGGCAGCGGCGGCGAGGAGUGAAGGCGCCCCAUGGGGAACUCUCUGUCUUGUUGCCUGUCCCCCAAUGCCAGCCCCAAGUUGGGCCGGCGCAGGGGGUCAGCGGAGCCGGACUGUGAGUCUGAGGUCUACAAGGCGGCGGCCGGGAACGCAGUGGCAGUAGCUCCGGCGGCGGCUACCGUGGAACCCGCCGAGUUGGAUUUCGCAGGUGGCGAAGGCCACCACCUGCAGCACAUCAGCGACCGGGAGAUGCCCGAAGACUUAGCUUUGGAACCAAACCCUUCUGACCACCCAAGGCCAAGCACAGUUUUUCGGAGCAAAUCUCAAACAGAGGUGCGGGAAAAGAGGACGAGCAGCCCUUUAAACCAUGUAUCUCCAGGGCAGCUUACUAAAAAGUAUAACUCAUGCUCAACAAUAUUUCUAGAUGACAGCAUAGUCAGCCAGCCUAAUCUUAGAACCACAAUAAAACGUAUGACCUUAGCAAUAUAUUACCACAUAAAGAACAGAGCUGCAGAUAGAUCCUUGGAUAUUUUUGAUGAGAGAUUACAUCCACUCACACGAGAAAAGAUUCCAGAGGAAUACUUCGAGCAUGAUCCUGAACACGAAUUCAUUUACAGAUUUGUUCGUACUCUUUUUAGUGCCGCACUGCUAACUGCUGAAUGUGCAGUAGUAACUUUGGUUUACUUAGAAAGGCUUUUAACUUAUGCUGAGAUCGACAUGUGCCCCACUAACUGGAAAAGAAUUGUUUUGGGAGCCAUUCUUCUUGCCUCCAAGCUUUGGGACGAUCAGGCUGUAUGGGAUGUGGACUACUGCCAGAUCCUCGAGGACGUUACAGUUGAGGACAUGAAUGAGAUGGAAAGGCACUGCCUGGAGCUACUUCAUUUUAAUAUUAAUGUUCCUUUCAGUGUGUAUGCCAAAUACUACUUUGACCUUCGCUCCUUAGCAGAUGACAACAACCUGAAUGUUCUAUUCACUCCUCUUAGCGAAGAAAGAGCACAGAACUUAAAGGCCAUUUCCAGAUUGUGUGACGACGAAUACAAAGACGUGUGUAGAGCUGCUAUGAGAAGGUCUUUCAGCGCUGAUAAUUUCAUUGGUAUUCGGCGCUCCAAUGCCAUCCUCUCUUAAGGGAGAAGUGAGGGGUUGUAACAUCAUAAACCCCUCGAAACAAGGACUGGAGAAAUAGCACCUCUCCUGCUCAGAAACCAGCAAAGUUAGUAUUUUCACCUUAAAGAAAGACAUUGAAUUCAAGAGACUCAUGGACAAGCGAAGAUUAUGCUCAUAGGAAAGAACGGGACCUCGUCAAUGUAACACGCUCUUCUGUCCUUUUUAUUGUAAACAGAGUUACAAAAACCACUCCAAAGCUAAAAGCUCCCAAUCCAUGCACAGAUAUCUGCUCCCAAUCGACACACAGAUAUCUGAUAGCUGAGAACUAUGUGAGGUUUUUUAAUUAAUAGCUUAAAUUUUUAGACUUUAAAGACUUUAGACUUUAACUAUAUAAAGACUUUUAACUAUUUAAA